UGGUAAUUUAAGAAUUCAUGACUUGCUUGAGCAAAUGGGCAAAGAGAUUGUCAUUGAAGAAAGUAAUAAAAUGCCCGGAGAACAAAGCAGGCUAUGGAAGCAUGAGGACAUCAUUCAAGUAUUGAGGAAUGACUUGGGGACUGGAAAAGUUGAAGCCAUAUCACUACAUCUGCAGGACGAGAAUGAGAAAGUCGAAAUAAGUUCUACAGCCUUCAAGCAAAUGCACAAUGUCAGAUUCUUCCAAAUUACAAAUUUUGUGAAUUAUCCCGAAAAUUCCAUGCUCCUCCUUCCCAAUGGCCUAGAAUUUCUUCCCGCGGAUCUAAGAUAUCUCUCCUGGGAUUUGUACCCCUUGAGUUAUCUACCAUCAAAUUUUUGUCCAGAAAAUCUUGUUGCACUUGGCAUGCGCCAUAGCAAACUGAAAGAACUUUGGAAUAUGGAUAAGUGUCUUCAAAGUUUGAAAAUGGUUGACCACAGUUUCUCUGAGGACCUAAUCAGAAUCCCAGAUUUCUCAAAAGCCCUAAACCUUGAGGGUUUAGAUUUGAGAGGAUGUUCAAGUUUGGUUGAGAUUUCUUCGCCUCCUCAAGCUCGGAGCUCGAGUGAUGUACAAUUGCAGAUUCCGUGUAAUAUAGAAUAUUUGGAUUUAAGUGGAACAAGAAUAGAACAAUUGCCCACAAAUAUUGGGUCUGUGGAGGGUCUCCAAUGGCUUUAUGUGUCUAAAUGUAUGAAUCUCCAGCAACUGCCAAACUCCAUGAAUCAAUUGAAGAAAUUGAGCAAAUUAGAUUGCUCAGGAUGUGAAGGUUUGAAAUUGCCUCCUCUGAACGGUUUGAGCAAUUUGCGUAAGAUAGAUGUAGGCAACUUUCAUAUGUCAGAAUUUCCAAACGGUCUCUGCUCUCUUACGUCAUUGGAAGAUAUCAUAUUACGUGGAAAUAAUUUCAAGAGCAUACCUGCUGCCAUCAAUGAACUUUAUAUGUUAAGUUCCCUUGAUUUAAGAGAUUGCAAUAGACUUGAAUAUAUACCUAAGCUUCCACCAUCUCUAGAAGCUUUAGACGCGACAGAUUGCACUUCUCUAGAAUCAGUAUCAACUGUAGUAUUGCCAAAACAUGAGCUGCUAUUGAGAAACUGCAUCAAGUUAAAGCAAGAAGCAAGGAGUACAAUCACAGACGAUGUAUUGGAAAGUUAUCUAUACGAUAAUGAGGAUAAGAACGGCUUUUGUGAGUUAAGUGUAGCCGGAAGUGAAGUGCCGCAAAGCAUCAAGUAUAAGAAUAUUAAUGGAUCUUCUUUGUCAGUCACACUUGACUGCCAUGAUUUGAUUGGUUGAUAUAUUUUGUGAAAAAUAUCUUUAUUAUUUUCAUAUGAAAAUAAAUAUUUCAC